AUGAACAUGUGUGAAUUUUAUACAGUAUUUAAUCAUAUAUGUAAUACAAUUGCAGAUUAUAAAACAAACAAUGCCAAAGGUAAUAUUUUUUCUCAGAAAUCUGGCAAUCGUCUUAAUAAGCAUAUAUCCCGUUAUGAAAAUAUUUAUAAAUGCAAUCCAAAUCUGCAUUUAUUGGACAAAUUAAAAAAAAUAUAUGUUGAUUUCAGAGGUUCUGUUAUUAAAAAGGAAACUGGUAAUAAUAAUUUAUAUCAGCAGAUUCAAAAACGUGCAACAGAAAAUAAGAGAGAUUCAUAUUUUGCGAAAAGUUUUGAAGCAUUUUAUUUCAAUAAUUUAAAGUGUAAACCAAAAAAUAAAGUAAAUAUCCCGAGUGAUAAAAAUAAAACGCAAGAAACUAAAGCAAUCAUAUCAAAGAAUACAAACAAAUUGGAAUAUCCAUUGUAG